CUCACAGGUGUGCAAAGAGCCCGCAGUGCGAGUGCAAGCCUUGGUCUUUCCUUCUACGCCCUACCCUGGAUAUCGAAUUGGAUUAAAAGCCGCCAUAACUCCCAUCGAAUACCAUCCAAACCCAAGCCCUCCAACGGAUUAUCGUGUGUGUUCCCAAUAAGUUCCUUAAGUGCCGAGUGAUAAAUAGUGGCCGCAACCGAACAAUCUGUGUGUGAAAAUGUGGAAAAACGUGUGUUUGCUGCUCAUACUGGCGGCCACCUGCAGCGCAGGACCCCUGAGCGCCCAUCAGAAGAGAAAAGCACCUGCGAUCCGCGAGGAACCAGUUGAGGUGGAAAUGCCAGAACAGACUGAAACUGAGGAGGAAUCCUCUCCAGCGGAGUCAGCUCCCCUGGGAACCCUUACCCUGCCCAGCAAUGCCACCUCCAUCCGGUCGGACAUCACGGAUAACUUCUCGUGUGCCAACAAGACCUAUGGUUACUACGCGGAUGUGGAGAACGACUGCCAGAUCUUCCACGUGUGCCUGCCAGUCACCUACGCCGAUGGCCGGGAGAACACCUUCCGCUGGAGCUUCAUCUGUCCCGAGGAGACGAUCUUCAGCCAGGAAUCUUUCACUUGCAUGCGCCGCGAGGACAUGACCAUCGAGUGCCAGGAUAGCUCUAGGUACUACGAACUCAACGGCAACUUUGGAGGUGCUCCAGCUGAGGAGGAGAGUAAGCCCACUCCUGUGGAGAGUGAGCAGCCUGAGGAGGAGGAGGAGAAAGAGGUGGAAUCCAAGCCAGUUGAGGAAGAACCUGAAGUUGAGGCAGAACCCGAGGUCGAGCCGGUCAAGCCCGUGAAGCCUGUCAAGGUGCAGAAGCCCAAGCCCAACCGUAGGAAGCCCCAGCCGCAGAGGAAGGUUCCAGUUCCUGUGACUGCUGCUCCCGUCGUGGAAGCUGCUCCCGAACCAGUUGCACCCGUCGUGGUGAAGUCCAAGCCAGAGAAGCCACAGCGAUUCUCCCUGAGACCCAACAAGGAGAGGCCCCAGGGGCUGAGACCAGCAAUUGCUGCUCCUCCCUUGCGUAACGAGAUCUUCAAUGGAAUCCGCAAACGCCCAGCAAUCUUCAAUACACCAACUACUUUGAAACCCGUGGAGGAAGUGGUGGAAAGUGAACCUGCAGUUACGGAACCCGUGAUCCAACUCAGCGAACCCCAGCCCACACUGAAACUGCAGACCAUGUUUGCGGAACACGAGGUGAUUCCCGUAGAGAUCCAGGAACCCGAGGUCCAGGCUUCCGAGCAGGCUGUGACAUUUGUUCAACCAGAGCCAGUGGUUGAGGAAGUGGAACCCACGAACGUUGAUAUGGAUACCAAGGUUGAGGAUGUCAAGCCCAUCGAAGCCAUCGAAGAGAUCCCCGCUGUCAUAGUGGAACGUUUGGAAGAAUCUAUGCCUCAGGAAAACGAGAAGAUUACCGAAGAGCAGGAGGAAAUUAAGGUAAAUGAAGAGGUCAAGACAGAAGAGGAGGCUAAACCAGUAGAGGAGGUCAAAGAAGAAGAAGAGGUCAAACAAGAAGAAGAAGUCAAACCAGAGGAAGAGAUAAAGAAUGAAGAAGUGAUUAAAUCAGAUGAAGAGAUCAAGCCCGAAGAAGAGUUGAAGCCAGAAGAAUUGAUCAAGCCAGAAGAAGAGAUCAAGUCAGAGGAGGAGAUCAAACCAGAAGAAGAGAUCAAACAUGAAGAAGAGAUCAAGCCCGAAGAACCCAUCCAGCAAGAGGAGGAAGUUAAGCCCCAGGAGGAAAUUCAACCCGAAGAAGAGCCAGAAGUUCCAGCCAAGGUGGAGGAGAUUCAUGAAGCUAAGCCCGAGGAAAUUAAGUCAGAGCCAGCCAUAGUGGAAACCAGCAACUCACAAGAGGAAGCCUUGAGUCUCGAGACCCUAGAGGCAGCCAAACCAGCCGAUGCUCCCGAGAGCAUGCCUGCCACUCCCGAAAUGGAGCAGCAUAGUCCUCUGGUCGAGGAGAUCCUGGAUAACACUCAUGACGGAGAGGCCCAGGAGUCGCUGGGUGGCUUCAAGCCCGUGGAUCCUGUGAUGGCCGCCGAGGCAGAGCAACUGAUCACGGACUUCCUGAAUACUCUGAAGAAGAACGAAGAGAAAUCAGAGACUGACAUGGGAGAGACUUCCUCACCAGUGGAAAAUGCAGAUGUGUCUAUUGAGGAGACCAAGCUGCCAGAACCCGAAAUUGUAGACAAGAAUGCAUCUGUGGAGGAACAUCUUUUGGAGGAAACUGAGGAUAAGAAGAUCCAGAAGCCCCAGAUGAUGCAGGAUUCUCCGAUUAUCAACAUUAAACAGGUGCAGCAUAUGCCCAUGGACUAUCAGAUUCCCGUUAAGGUGAUUCCCCUCCUAGUCCAGCCUGCUUCCAAGAUUGCUGAGGAAUCAGACAAUGCCAAGGAAACUGCUCCCGAGGCUCUUCAAGAAGCUGCUCCCGAGGAGAUCCAGGAAAGUGCUUCCGAAGAAGUCAAGCAGGAAACUAACGAGAAUAUCCAGGAUACUCCUGCCCAAGAAAGUUCUCCCGAGGAGACCAAAGAAAGCAAUCCCGAGGAAACCAAGGAGACCACUGCGGAGGAAAUCAAAGAGACUGCUCCUGAGGUAACCCAAGAAUCCGAGGACACUCCCGAGAAUCCUUCCCAGGACGAUGCUCAGGACCAAGGAAGUCUAGUCACUGCCGCCUACAUGCCCUCGAUCAGCAUCGAUGACAUCGUGGAGCUUGUCAAAGAGCGCCUGGAUCAGACGCCCAAGAAGGAUCAGAUGGCUCCCAUGGAGCUGAUACUUACCCCAGGAGCGGCAGAGCCCAUGACCCUGAUUCAGAGCAAUCCGGAUCAUCAGGUGCCUCAGGAGGCCCAGCCAACGGAGGAGAAGGAUUCCGCUGUCGAGCAGGAGGAGGAACAAAUCCUGCCCAUCUACAAGCGCAUCUCCGAUGCUGAACCCGCCAUGUCCAAGGUGCAAACGCUGCCCGUCACGGUAAGCAAGGUGGAAACGGAAACGCUUCCAGAAACUGAAUCCGCACCGGAAGUUCGGGAGCCUAAGAUGGAUGCCCGCAAGCGUCGUUUCCUCUUCCGCGCCGAUGCCAGAUAGAGAGGAUUAGAGAAAAAGAGAGAGCAUACUGAAGGAAAGAUAGCAAUCUGGCGAGGAUCAUCCUCCCUCUUAGCCCGAACCGGAACCCCGUUCACCUCCUAGUUCCCAAUACGCUAUCCCACUCAUUUGCACCUAGGCAAGUUUUAUUUAAUAAUUUUUUGAUUUCCUAGUUUUAUGGCCAUUUCUCAAAGGAAAAACGCGCACGAGAGUUGAAAUGUAAGCUUAGAAUUGUUGUUCCGACGAGUUAAAGAAACAAAUUACAAAA